UAGUAUAUAAGCAUUGGUGAUUGUUAAUCCUUAUCAUCUUCUGCGGGUAUCUCAUCACACUCAGAAGUCUAAGAAGUCAUGAAUAAACUUCUUGUUUUGUUCGGCUUGGCCGCAUUGGCCGAAGUCGUUUUGGGAGGCCCCGGACUUACUGUGAGAUUCGAUGUCGGUCUGAACAUGGGUACAAAAUUCUUCAUCCCUGUGCCACAUAACCGUGCUAUGGCUGAAGAAAAAGGUUGGAAAAAAUACGAAAGAGCAACUAAAGAUCGUCCACUACUUAAAGACAUGUACUGCGGAGAAUCUCUCACUUGCUGUGUGUUGAUGGAUGAUAACGGCUAUGCUGGUGGCUUCCAGACCGCUUACGAGAAGAAAAAGUUCAAGAACCCAGUGUUCGACUGGGAAAUUCAGGGUUACACGACCUGGAAGGUUAAGGUGAAUGGCGUCGAGAAGGAGUACUGGGUUAUCACACAAUACUUCGUUUCAGACGAAUAUUUGGCGUAUUCCAAGGAAGCGCGUAAACAGUCAUACGACAAUUCUCAAUUGUUACAAGAACAAUACGUUUGGUUCACCGGAUUUCACGGUAAAUUGUACAAAGUGCCUGUUAGAGGCGACAAAAUACCUGAUGCCGGUUUCACAGAGCAGAACUGCAUUCCAUGGAUGGGACAUCACUACUACUGGAACAUGACUAAGGAUACCGAAUGUACAGACGACAACAUUCACCCGUACUUCCCAUUGGUGAAAUCGAACAGGAUUGUCGGCGCCGGCUCCCUCACCGCUGGUAUCAUGGAAUUCGAUAAAGAUGAGACUGAUUACUGUGAGAAACCUGCCAAGGCAGCUGUACAGCUGAUCGUGAACAAAGGCCCGCAAUGCCUGUACGACCUGGCCGAGAAGCCUGGCUUCACCACCAUGCACGUGUACUACGUUGACGACCCAUACUGGAUCACCUGUGUCUUCCAGUAACGUGUAUACGAAAUGUAAUUGAAACGUUAAUAUAUGUUGUGUUGUA